AUGUCUACAGGCACCAUCCAUGAUCUUGUGGGGAGAGGAGCUCUCACCGAGGAGGAUCUUUUAGAGGGCGACCGGUUGAAAGCUAUUAACGAAGUUGACCCUGAAGGCUCACUGACACCGCUUGGUGCUGCUGUAUUAAAUGGCGAUAUUUCCGCCACCAGAUUGCUGCUCAAGCAUGGCGCAGAUGUCAACAAGCCUUCUGGAUCCCCUUCCGGAACCCGAACACCCCUUUGGAUCGCAGUUUCAAAAAUGAAAAAGCCGGAAAACAUCGGCCCAAUCGUCAAGAUCCUUCUUGAAGCAGAGGCAGAUCCAAAUUUGUCAUCCUCGGAUGAUAAAAACACGUCGCCGUUAUUAAAUGCCGUGAAAGAGAAUAACAUCGAGUUGAUCAUGAUGUUGAUGAGCUACGGAGCGUCGCCAACAGCAGUGGAUAAGUCUGGAAUGUCAGCGGAGAAGUUUGCAGCAAAAAAGAAACGUCAUAAGAUUCUAACGGCCCUAUCCCCUAACUCAUGGCAUACUGAACGACUCAAGGCUGCUGGGAUGGUCGUCGGCCUUGUAACAUUCGUCGUUGCGUGGGCUAACACCACACCGUCCCAACGUAGAAAGAUCGAGGCAGGCGCCGCGCUCCUACUUAUGGGUGGUGUUAUAGCUAUGAAUUUUGGUGGCCAGGGUACAGCUGAGCCUACCACCCAGUCUACUGCUGGCAAAACCAACCGCAAAGCGAACACCGGUAACCCUGCCAAAUCGGCUGCUAAUAAAAAAAAGAAGCCCGCCAGUGGUAGUUCGAAACCUCAAAAUGAUGCUACUACAAGAACCAAGCCCGCACAGCCUCAUGGUGCCGCAAAUUCUGAUAUUGGCAGUACCAGCCGCAAAACGAACGUUAGCAAUCCCGCCAAAUCCGCUGCUCAGAAGAAAAAUCUGUCUACCGAUGGUAGUUCAAAACCUCCAGUCAGUGCCACUGCCAUAAACGAACCUGUACAGCCUAAUGGCAACGCCCAGCCUAAUGGUAUUACUCGGCCUGGUAUUGAAAACGCCACCGAACCGGAAAUUGGUAGUCCUGCUCACUCUGCUGGUAGUGGUACAAAUCUGCCUGCCAGCGGUGGUUUGAGGCCUCCGACCAGUCCUACUAUCAUAAAGGAGCCCGCACAGUCUAAUGGUACCGCACAGUCUAAUGGUACCGCACAGUUUGAUGGUACCGCACAGUCCGAUGGUAUCGCGCAGCCUAAUGGUACAGCACAUCCUAAGGAUACAGCACAUCCUAAGGGUACAGCACAGUCUAAUGCUAUCACCCAGUCUGAUACUGAUAGUACUUCUGAAGCUGCUGUGAUUGCCAGCCCCACUCAACCCACGAUCGAUAUUAAUAAGAACUCGCCUGCCGACGGUAGUUCAAAACAUCCAGUCGGUACCACUGCUACAGACAAACCUGCACAGUCUAAUGGCAUCAAUCGGCCUAGUACUAGUCAUGAAAAUGCCAUUCAAACGGACAUUCAUAAUCCUACCCAACUCACUGCUGAUAAUACAAACCGAUCGGCCGUUGAUGGUUUAAAAGCUCCAAUCGAUGAUACUACCAAAGCUGCUGCCACAAAUACCACAGAAUCUGCCAUAAAGAACGACCCCCGGGCUAUACCUACUGAAAAUAACCACUCCUCUAUUGAUGAUACGAAUGAGCCUGCCGAUGGCAGUUCAAAGCUUCCGAUCAAUGAUACUACCCAAAUUACUGCUAAAGAUACCGUGGAGCCCGCCGUGGAGAAUGGUGUCCAGACUAUACCUACUGAAAAUACCCACUCCCCUAUUGAUGAUCCGAAUAAGUCUGCCGAUGGUAGUUCAAAUACUUCAAGCGACGAUACUACCAAAACUGCUACCGGAGAAACUACAGAGCCCGCCAUAAAGAAUGGUGUCCAGACUAUACCUAAUGAAAAUACCCACUCCCCUAUUGAUGAUCCGAAUAAGUCUGCCGAUGGUAGUUCAAAUACUCCAAGCGACGAUACCACCAAAACUGCUACCGGAGAAACUACAGAGCCCGCCAUAAAGAAUGGUCUCCAGACUAUAGCUGGUGAAACCACUGAAUCCUCUAUUGAUCAUACGAACCAGUCUGUCGAUGAGGGUUCAAACCCUUUAGUUGAUGAUGCCACCCGAGUUGCCGCCGAAAACACCGCAGAGUCUGCCCUGGAGUCAAAUGGUGCCCAGCCUAAAGCAGCUCAAACUACCCAGGCUACCGACGGGACCACUAUCAGUGAUACCCAACCUCCUAACAAUAAUGCCGCCCAACUCGACAAUGACAACGGCAAUAAUAAUGGCAAUGGUGAUGACGGUAACGAUAAUGAUGGAGAUAAUGAUGGAGACAACGAUGGAGAUAACGAUGGCGAUAACGAUGGCGAUAACGAUGGCGAUAACGAUGGCGAUAACGAUGGCGAUAAUGACAGCAAUAAUGACGGUGGCAGUGGCAGUGAUGAUGGUGAUGGUGACGAGGGUGAUAGUGAUGGUGGUGAUGGUACUUACAGCCCCGUGUCUGGGGCCCUCAUCAACCGAUUCGGCACAACUGGUGAUUUCGGCGAUAUUGAAAAGAUGUCUCCGGAACUCAGGGAAUUAAUGCUCAAAGAGAAUGUUGCGGAGUUCAAGAAAGGUGUCAACGAAUACAUAACAAAGUCAGGUCUAAACAGAUUUUUCCCACCUGAUGAUCCUUUCUUACAAGACGUUAUAAGAAAGGCACUUGAACUUGAGAAAGAUCCACAGAACGUACUCGACGUCAAGGAAUUAACAAAGUUAACUCUUUAUAAGACGGUUUUAUACUUGGACGACAGCGGUUCAAUGCAGAAGGGUACACGCGUUCAAGACCUAAGAAAGCUAGUUGAACGAAUAGCUAGCAUAACUACUAAAUUACUUCCGGACGGAGAAGGCAUAGAGCUGCGCUUUAUCAACGCUCCUACUAACGACAGCUAUAGCAAACCUAGCCUGGGAUUGGUUGACAAAAUCAUUUCAGAAUUGCGAAUGUGGGGGUGGACACCAAUUGGAACAAGCCUCAAAGGUAAAAUUCUGAUGCCGCUUGUUUAUAAACCACUUGUCACCCAAGAGUUUAAGCGGCCGAUGCUCGUGACUAUUAUUACCGACGGGUUUCCUGAGGGUCCCCACGGUCGACAAAACCGGGAAAAACGCGACACGUUUAAAAAUGCUAUCCUCGAGUGUGGUAAGAGGCUUGUGGAUUAUGGCUAUGACUCGACUGCUGUUUUGUUCCAAAUAAGUCAAAUUGGGGCAGAGGAAGAGGCGGCACGAUUUAUAGAAAGUCUUAGGCUUGAUAGAGAAUUGGACGACGUACUAUACUGUACUACAGACCAAUUAGAUGCAAAAUACCAAGAGUUGCACGAUAACCACAACGGACUGGAGCAAUGGCUCUUGUCAACGUUGUUGGGUCCUAUUUAUAAUGCAGUACCAGGUUAA